CGAUCGUGACGAAUUGUCGUGAAGAAUCGAUCAUUUUGUUUCACAUUUAACAUUAGUUACGUCGUGACUCUUGAACAGUUAACUUGUAUCUCUUUUAAUAGUAGGAUGCCACAGAAGAUGCUUGUUCUUUUUCGAUGUUUAACAUAUGGCAUGUUAAUCGGCUUGUCACACGAAACCCCAUUAAUAGGCACUAAGGUGAGAGAUGUUCGACCAAAUGAGCUUCCGUUUGUCGUGUCGAUCGCAAGAAGAGCCCAAAGCAAUGACACCCAUUUCGUCAAUCGUCACUUUUGCACUGGAACGCUCAUAAGCAGGAGAAAUGUUUUGACUGCUGCACAUUGCUUCGCAAAAAAAUUGCUGAAUAACACGGAAGUUAUUGCUGGCUCGGCGGACGUUAGACUUGGUCACAAGUACUCCCUAGAAUCUGGGAUAACGUAUGACAACUGGAAAAAAAAUAAAACAGAGCUGAAAGACCUGUUCGUAAAUGAUAUCAUGGUUUUGACGUUAGCAGGUAAGGGAGUCGACUGUCCCGAAGGUCAUAUAGCUAAGAUAUUGACAUUCGCACCAACAGAUUUAUACGGUUCAACCGUUAGAAUUGCCGGGUGGGGCGAUUCUCUAGAUGACGUGCUACCAUUUGUUUUGACAACGGCAGUGUUGACAGUUCUAAGUAACGAGGAAUGUGGUAAUAGAACCAGUAAUUUGGCACGCAAAAAUAUGACUCCAUUGGAAAAUUUUUUCUGCAGUUUUGCAACGCCCUCCGUCGUAUCAAGCUGUGGUGACAGUGGAGCUCCGAUUCUCAAUAAACAGAAUCAACUAGUAGGCAUAAACAUAGGAAGCUGUCCGGCUCUCUUGGGUUACCCUGUAUGGUAUCAACGUCUGCAUCAAAUUAAUGUACAUCUCCAUCUGUAUUAUUAUAGAAAUUUCAUCCGGGAUGUCUUAAUAACCUCAUGAGAGACGUUUUUAAAUACCAUAUGACACUUUGUUUAUAGUUUUCAAGAUUGAAAAUAAAUAAACUUGGGUGGUUGUUUUACAAGAAAUCUA